UUGCAGUGAGUUGAGUAAUGGGGAACACACACAGUUUCGUGGUGGCCUCGCUGUCUGUGUGUUCUGUGUAUCUAGUUUACGUUCACAUUUACUGCGCUCACAGAUUGUUAAAAACAAAUGUGCUCAACAGCGACAAGCUUCCCAGUAUUGUGUAUCUUUACCUCCGAUAUUGUAGCAGAGUUAUCAGCCGGAGAUCAGGUCACCUGAACAGAACAGCUGCUCCCAGGUGUGAUCCUGUUUACACGAUCCUCAGCUGCAGGUUUGAGAAUCUGUUGUUGAGGAGGUUCUGCAGCGCUGCAGGUUAUGGUUGGGAUUAUCCAGACACUGAAUACAGAGAUGUCCCGCUGUGUUUCCCAGAGUUUCUCUGUGGUAAACUGCUGCUAAUGCUUCUGACUGAUGAGAACUUCUGCCUCAACCCAGCUGGUCUAGUUCGUGUGCGUCAGACUUUGAAAACCUUUGAGCCUAUUGAUGAGCUGAAGAAGGGUCCCUUCAAGCUGCAGGCCCAAGUCCUGUCCUACCAGCAGACUGAUGCAGGGGUGGAGGUGGACGUCUGUCUGUCUGCCACGUCCCGUUCUGGAUGCCCUGUGUGGGAGAAUGUCCUGACACUGCUGUCCAAAAACAGGCUUCCCAAAGCCAGCACACACUUACCCAAGAAUGAAAACAAGAGUGAGCAGCGUUUUGGCCAACCAGAGGAUCCAGAAAAUGUGAAGCAGGUGGAGCUCAGAGUUCCCAGGACUGUGGAGCUGCAGUGUCCACGGUCCUUUUCUGACUACUUCCCCCAUCGGCUCCUCUCUCUGCCGGGCAGGUUCUUCAGCGACAGAUCUCAGACGUCACCAAGUCUCUGGAUGCUGUCGGUCUGCUUGGCUGAAAUAGAAAAACACAAAGGUGUGGAGGUCAUCACAGCUCCUGUCCACAUCUCUGUCCAGUUUAUCGAGCCUCUGUUGGUACCAGGAAAAGUGACAAUCAGGUUUUGGGAGGCAGCCAAAGAUGCAGCUCAGUCUUCAGCCCGAAGUGUCACCUUCCACAUGGAGCAACAAGGACGCAGCAUAUCUCACAUGGUGGGACUGAUUUCUAGAUUCACAUCGACAUAGAGGGUUUGUUGUUCUGUCUAAAUACAGUAAAAUAGUAAACCUAUUGUUUGUACUACACAGAAAAUGUAAGUCAAGUAAGUAUGAGACAACCAGCUAAACCCCAUUCAAACAUUUUUUUAUCGGUCAAUAAAAUGCAAUAUUGUCAUGACAAUGUCCCUUUUUCUAAUUUGAAUUAAAAUAUAUAUGUCAUAAGGUC